CCAGACCUUUGAUCAAUUUGCGAACAUGUUCAUCAAUCACUUCACUGCCAGCAGAGCUCCCCGAAAGACUAACCAUCAUCUCCUAACAAUUAAACAAAAAAUAGGAGAGUCACUAAGAGCCUACAUAGCAAGAUUUCACAAUGAAGCCGUGCAAGUAGAACGAUUGGACCAAAGCAUGGCAAUGCAUGCUCUAAUGGACGGACUUAAAGACUCAAGUUUCUAUAGAUCUCUAAACAAGCGAGAACCCACCAGCCUUAAUGAUCUCUUAAGAAGGGCGGAAGGAUACAUCAGAGCAGAAGAAAGGGCGGCAAUAAAAGAAGCACAAGAAACAUCAAAUUCAGAAAGAAAGCGGAAAAUAGAAAAAGAUAUAGAUAAUGAAAGUACCAAAGACAGAAAACAGUCAAGAUACAACUACCUCCAUAUUUGAAGAAGCUUUGUUACAAUCACAUUCAACCACAUCAAAUGAUGAAUCAAAUUCUGCAUUUGUAAGGCAAGAUAGACAUCUCAAAAUUCUACAUGCACAAAUCUUAAAAGAAAGCUGUAAUCCCAGCUAAGUAUAUUUACUUUUUAAUUUUCUAAUUUUCAACCCCAAUAAUCAUGCAAGUUAUUGUGUUUUUAAGAAAACUAACCUUUCUCUUGAGAAACUUUUGGGAGAAGGCCACAUAGGCUAAAAAGCUCCAAGCAGAGGAAUUCAAUUACAAGAUGCACAACUCUAACAAGAGUUAAGAGACAAAAAGUCACAAAGCAAAAAAGCUGCGAGCAAGUUUGGAUGUACAUAAAUAUCCAAGCAAAAAGAAGCUGUGAGCAAGUUUGGGUGUACAUUAAAAUACCCAAGCAGAAGUUACACAGACAAAUAAUAAAGCUGCGAGCAAGUUUGGAUGUACAUAAAUAUCCAAGCAAAAGUUACGCAAGUGAAGAAGCUGUGAGCAAGUUUGUGUGUACAUAAAUACCCAAGCAGAAGUUACACAGACAAGCAAAAAGCUGCGAGCAAGUUUGGAUGUACAUAAAUAUCCAAGCAAAAGUUACGCAAACAAAGAAGCUGUGAGCAAGUUUGGGUGUACAUAAAUACCCAAGCAGAAGUUACACAGACAAGUAAAAAGCUGCGAGCAAGUUUGGAUGUACAUAAAUAUCCAAGCAAAAGUUACGCAAGUGAAGAAGUUGUGAGCAAGUUUGGGUGUACAUAAAUACCCAAGCAGAAGUUACACAGACAAGCAAAAAGCUGCGAGCAAGUUUGGAUGUACAUAAAUAUCAAAGCAAAAGUUACGCAAGCAAAGAAGCUGUGAGCAAGUUUGGGUGUACAUAAAUACCCAAGCAGAAGUUACACAGACAAGUAAAAAGCUGCGAGCAAGUUUGGAUGUACAUAAAUAUCCAAGGAAAAG